AUGAAAGAUCAACAUGAUAGGGCUGCUUCUUGGAAACUUGUGAAGGAAUACGGUGUGUUCGAUAUCCCGGGUUCUACGAUCGAUUACGAGCAAGAGAUCUGUAAUGAACAGAGUCCUUGUCCUGGCUUAGUCUUGCUGUACGCUAGGAUGGGCCUUCAUCGCUACAAUUUGCUGGAGGGUACAAAGUUUGAGCUGAGUGGCGUAACGAAAUACGUACAAUCAAAGGGUACUUGUGCUUGCUGUUACUACAUAACUCUGGAUGCAAUUGAUCCAGCUGCUGUUGGCUCCUGCUUCAAACUUUUCAGACUGAAGUAUCAGAACAAAGUUUUGGCAGAUAUAUUCUCAUGUGCAAUGUUGCCAGAAUUCGAGGUGAAGGAAUCAGAGCUGCAAGACAAUGACUGGAUUCUUCUGUAUAUUGAACUUGCUAUUGCCAUAGUUAAGAACAGCGAAGAUAAGGCUUUUGGUCCUCCCAAGUUGGAGAUUGUGAAGGUGGCCAUGGAUGCGAAUGGUGAGGGACUCAAUGCCAUAAAUGCGAUUUUCUACGUAAGGUACAAGGACUUGAACGAGGCUGAGAUUGGUAAGGCUUUGGACCGCUUUGCUAUAGUUAGAAGACGCUUCCAUGAGGAUACGCAAUGCUUCAGUCUCGUUGGUUCCCAAGUUACACCAAAUAUGGACUCUCAAAUGAAAGCUCUUCACCUCUAG